AUGUCCCAGAUCUUGAAGGACUACCAGAAUCUAAAGAGCAAUGACUCUACCAACCUCAGUGGCCUAUCUGGCAAGGAAGCCAAACCGGAUCGUUAUCCUGCUCCUUUCAAGGAUCAUGCCAGCGCCGAAUUCCUCAGCAUGAGUGGGGAAGAAGAAAAGGCUUAUUAUGACCAAACUGCCCUUACGGCCCAUGCGAUUGAUCUCCAACGCUCGGCGAAGCAUCGAAGUUCAUGGAGAUACCGAUUUGAAGCUUUGCCAAUAGUCGCACUCUUUAAAUCAAUGUUCACUGCGAUGUAUCAUGCCUCGAUGGUGCUGAUCAACAAUCCCAUGGCGCCAGUGACUGACACUACCAACUGGCUGUAUGCGGUCGUUGCAUACACUCUCAUCUAUGUCACACUCUUCAUAGUCAAUUGCGGACUCGUGGCCAUGCAGCUUCUUGGUGUUCCUAAAAUCAUCUCCUAUUUCUCGAGGACUUGGGGUUCAGCUAUGUACGACAAACAACGAAAGACGGUGGACUCGGCCAGAAAGGUCCUUUCAGGAAAUCCCGAAGAUUACUUGCUUCCCCUCAAGGUUAGAAGCCACCCUGACAUGGCCACCUAUGCAGCCUCUUAUCGACGACAUCUAGAGUUCAAUGUGGAUGUUGCGAAAACCAUUCUUCUCAUGUCAUCUAUUGUCUAUGAGCGUAAUACGACGUUUGUUCAAAAAGCUGCCGAUUAUCCCGAUUCUGCUCGUCUGUAUCUACUCAAGAGUGAAGAAUUUAUGUACCGAUUGGGUGUUGAAUGGGGCUGUCAAUUCAUCUCCGUUGCCGACUUUCAAAAUGUCAGUGGGCCCUUUGCUGGAGCGUUUUACAAUCUCGACAAUGAAGGGAAUCCGUUCAUGGUCGUCGUCUUCAAAGGAACUAGUCCGGAGGCUCUAACCGAAUGGAUCACUGACGCAACAUUUGAUCAAGAAAUGUGUAUAGAUGCAUUGGCUUUCCUCGUAUUAGGCAUGGGCUUCGCUCAUUCCGGAUUUUAUAGUAGUCUGUUUCCGUCCGCAAAUUCCGGUGCAAAAAUGUGGCCUUAUAUGAGGAUCAUAGAAACUGUGAAGAUGGUGGCCCAACGCGCAUACGACAAUCAGAUCAAUGAUACUGGGCCCAAGAGAAAGUUGAAUCUCUUCGUCGGGGGUCAUUCCCUGGGAGCCGGGAUGGCAUCCUUGUUCUAUGCACGACUGCUGGAAUCCCCAGGUGAUUUGGGCGAGAACAUCGUCUUGCGCGAUGCGUAUUGUUUCGGAACUCCCAGGGCAUGCGGUGCAAAAUUAGCAUCGCGAGUCGAAUACAACCUACGCAAACCUGAGAAUCUUGGCCGGACGCUCUGGCGGGUAGCGAAUCGCUCCAGCUCCAGGUGGAUUGGGGACGUGGUGACCCGCGUUCCUCCUGGGUUGGCUGAUCGAAGGGAGAAUCGUGCCAAUCUCAAAGAGGGAAGUUUGUUAUCGUACGCUGCGAUAGGAGUACCUAUAGACCUCACGCCAAACCGUAUAGCUCCCUUUUACACCGUGGGUGAUGUCCCGAGUGGAUAUCAAGUCAAAGUGGUCAAAGCUCUUAGAGAGCCGGAACACGAGCUCGAGGACGCGAAAAGAGAGGAAAGUGGGUUUUUUCCACCACAUCCGAUUGCUUUUAUGGAUAAAAUCAUGUCUACGGCCAUCCCCAUGCUCCAUGACCACUUUCCGGGAAGUUACUUUGCCGCAUUAAGAAAGGUAGGAGCUCAAGUUUUUGACAAAUCGGACUCCCCUUCGUCGGACGGCAAAACACCAUCAUCCCCUCAACGUGCUUUGGGGCAUGAAUCUUCAAGAGCCAACAAGAUGUCACCCGAAACCCACAUCUUCAAUUUGGGCGCUGGCAAUGCAACUUCGGCAAACUUGACUGCUGGAUGA